CAAUAACCAUUCCUCGUGUGUGACCUCUAUCUGAUUUCUUUAAAUCCAAAGAAAAUGACCCCCCUCCUUAUUUAAUUCAUCUACCUACGUUCUUGUCGCAUUUAUUGUACCACCCCCACCUAGCAUCUUUACUCUCCCCCAAACUAUUUUCUUAUGCCAACAUUAAUUAUUAAUUUUUCCAACAUUAUUAUAUAAACUCAUUAAAUAUAUCAUAGCCAGAAGAAAUAGCUAGCUUCCAUAACCAUGUGUUAUUCCUCUGUCUGCAUGUAUACCUAAUUUCUAUAUUUCAUUCAAUCCCUCACCCACUCCCAUUUACCAAAUUUUCUUAUUUCUAGCCUAACAGAAACAGAAACAACGGAGAACAAGAACACAAAAUAUGGAAGGAAUCACAGCUAGUGCCUACAGGGGUUUAAAGGAGUACUGGGAAAGAAAAGGAUACAGAAGAAUAAACAGGUCGGGUCAUAGAAGGAGAAUAAACAAGGUGGAGCUUGGAAAUGGGACUGGCCAAACCCGAAAAGCUCGGUUUUGGAGAUGGAAGAUCAAGCUAUCACCCAAGAUCCGAAUCAACAGAAUCCCUUCUCCGAAGAAGCUGUUGAUUCGGGCAAGAGACGCGUAUGUAAGGAUGAUGAUGGGUCUAGCCAACUCACGGGUCAUGACCGUUAGUGGCUCGGCCGGGGGAUUCGGUGGGACUAUGUCAACUGGACCCACCGGUGACGCUGGGUUCAAACGAGCCCCACCGAAAGAAUAUGAUGAGAAGAUGAUUAUUCAGAUCUAUAAAUCCAUUCUCAUGACGCAUGGAAAUUUAGAAGUUGCUUGCAGACAGUGAUGGUAAGAAAGAAAAAAAAAAAAAAAAGACAAACCGCAAAAUUUGGUUUGGUCUUAAAUUGUGUUACGCCUUUUCAACUUCCCCACCGAUUUCAACAAGAAUAACGAUUCACCUUUUUAAAAUACUCUUGUCAAUUUCUUUCUAUCCACUUUUUUUUGUAGUUUAUUAUUAUUAUGUUAUGGGUUUUACUAGUAUUUUUCUUAGCAUGGAUUAUGAUUAUACUAUGAAUUAGAUAGAUUAAUUAGAUUCUUAGUUAUUAAUUUGGUUUAACAUGUCAAUGUCGCAGCAAUAUAUACCCAAAAUCUUGCAAAUGGGGAACCAUUAGUUUUUAAGUCUGUAUUGUAAUGUAACAUUGAAAUGAAUGAUAUGGGUGUUAGUUAGUAUUUUUUUU